AUGAACGUACCAAAACAUUCAACAGAACGACGAGGCAGUUUAAUGACUCGAAGUACAUUAUGUGGCGUAAUUAAAAGUUUAGAUAAACACUGUAUUUUAGAUCCGAAUGAUGUUGUUAUCGUUACUCUAUGCGAUAUAACACUUUGGGAUGGUGCACAUUUAGAUUGUCCACAUAUUCCUCAACGAUUUAUUGUAUCAAAAACUGAAUUGGAUAAUUGUGAUUAUUUUCCAAUUCCAUUUACAAUCUAUUAUGAUGAUGAUGAAAUCGAUGGAAAUCUUUGCUAUGGUGUACGAUGUGAUAUUUUUGGUAAAAAUCACGAUUUAAAAUAUAGCUCGGAAGGAUUCAUUAAUGUUUUAACUGAAAAAAAUCCUAAAACAAAUAUACAUAUUACCAUUGUACCAUGUAAAAUUCCUUCAACACAAAAAUAA